GGCCAGUGGAGGAGAGCGCUGUGUCGGGACAGGGUUUCUGCAUAGUUCUGGGUAAACUGGAACUCCAGCUAUAGAUCAGCUUGAACUCAGAUUCACCUGAUCGCUGUCUCCUGAGGACUGGAAUUAAAGGCUUGUCCACCACUACCUGGCUUUUUUUUUUUUAUUAGUUUUUAAUGUUGAAAUGCCACAAAGAUUUCACUUGACCUUGAUUUGCAGUCAGGCCUGGAGUUUUCCAUGCUCCACUCUCCUUGAACAGCUGGAAUUACAUGUAUGACCCACUAGCACGUAGCAGGUGAGGUUUCCCAAGCCAUCAAAACGGGUUCUGGAGCUAGAGCGGCGGACUCCCAACCCUGGACCACGGAGGAAGUUCUGGCCGGAGCAUCUGACCUCUGACAUCAGGCGCCUGUCUAUGGGCGGAAACGCGGCGCUGCGGAUGAGUACGCAUGCGUAUUCGGUGGGCGGCCGCAAAGGUUUGUUUCAGGAAUGUGUUUCUGAUCAUCUGAAUUUCAACCAUGUUGUCGAAGUGCUUGCAACAUUUUCUAAAAGCCACAAUCUCCCAUCCAUAUCCAGCGUCAUAUUCUUGGUUAAUAAGCAAACACAGGUCUUAUGGAACUGUGCCAGCAGCCAUGUUGCGCAGACGAGUUGUCAUCACAGGCAUUGGACUAGUGACACCACUUGGCGUUGGGACUCAACUAGUUUGGGAUCGGCUUCUCCGAGGAGAAAGUGGAAUUGUUUCUGUAGUUGGUGAUGAGUACAAGAAUAUCCCUUGCAGUGUAGCUGCGUAUGUACCAAGAGGUCCGCAUGAAGGUCAGUUUAAUGAACAAAACUUUGUGUCCAAAUCAGAUGCCAAGUCCAUGUCUUCUUCCACCAUCAUGGCCCUUGGGGCAGCAGAGUUGGCCCUGAAAGACUCCGGCUGGCAUCCGAAACUAGAAGCAGAUCAGGUGGCUACUGGUGUUGCCAUUGGCAUGGGCAUGGUUCCUCUUGAAGUUAUUUCUGAAACUGCUUUGGCGUUUCAGACCAAAGGUUAUAAUAAAGUCAGCCCAUUCUUUGUCCCUAAGAUUCUGAUCAAUAUGGCCGCAGGCCAGGUUAGCAUUCGCUAUAAACUCAAGGGCCCCAAUCACUCAGUGUCCACAGCCUGCACCACAGGUGCACAUGCUGUGGGAGACUCCUUUAGAUUUAUAGCCCAUGGUGACGCAGAUGUGAUGGUGGCUGGGGGCACAGACUCUUGCAUUAGUCCAUUAUCUCUCGCUGGGUUUUCCAGAGCCCGGGCUCUGAGCACAAACCCAGAUCCUAAGCUAGCCUGCCGGCCAUUUCAUCCAGAGAGAGAUGGUUUUGUCAUGGGUGAGGGAGCUGCUGUGCUGGUGUUGGAAGAACAUGAGCAUGCUGUUCAGAGAGGAGCCCGGAUCUACGCCGAAGUUUUGGGUUAUGGACUCUCAGGUGAUGCCGGUCACAUAACUGCCCCCGAUCCUGAAGGAGAAGGUGCUUUAAGAUGCAUGGCUGCUGCUGUAAAAGAUGCAGGCAUAUCACCUGAGCAGAUAUCCUAUGUCAACGCACAUGCCACUUCCACACCACUGGGUGAUGCUGCUGAGAACAAAGCCAUCAAGAGGCUCUUUAGGGACCAUGCUUAUGCCCUUGCCAUAUCCUCCACAAAGGGAGCCACUGGGCAUCUUCUGGGUGCUGCAGGGGCAGUUGAGGCAACUUUUACUGCACUGGCUUGUUACCACCAGAAACUACCACCAACUUUAAACCUGGAUUGUACAGAACCAGAAUUUGAUCUCAAUUAUGUUCCACUGGAGGCACAGGAAUGGAAAACUGAGGGUCGGUGUAUUGGACUCACCAAUUCCUUUGGGUUUGGUGGUACUAAUGCAACUCUUUGUAUUGCUGGUAUGUAAACACUGGCUUUUAAUGGUCAUAAAUUUAUAAAUAUUAUAUAUGUAGAUAUGUCUUAUAUCAAUACCCGGAUGACUUUAGCACAAUUGGUGUUUGUAUAGUUCUUCGGUAGGGAACAGGGUGCCUAGUACUUGUUGAUAUUUUACAGCAUCUCGGUGUCUCCUUUGAGAUUUCAGUGGUAACUAGUGACAACCAGAAAUGUCUCUGGGGACAGAAUAGCCUGCACACAGAACUAUUGAUUUAUGUUUUUCUAUUUCGUCCAGCAUGGUCCUUUUCAGAUUCUUAUUUAGAGACCAGCUUCUCUGAGCAAGGCGGUGCUGCUCCAUGGUGUAACUCUAGGGUCACCACUGUUGUACAGCAUAUAAACAGCACUACAGUACAAGUACUCCUAUUUGUAUCAUCAGUCAGCAUCCCUUUAGGGCAGCUGUCAGCCAGUGAUGACCCAGUCACCCCUGACCCAUGUAGUGUCCUUGGUGGAAUUUCCCCAAGCUCCCAAGCUUUCAUUUCUCUGAAGGAGGAAGUAAAGCAGGUUUGCCUUUUUCUUGCCUUUUCUUGACUGGCCGGCCUGCCUGCCUGCCUGCCUUCCUUCCUUUCUUCGUCAUCUUUUUUUCCCUUCUUUGAGACAUGGUUACUCAAGUAACCCUAGCUGUCUUGGAACUCACUCUAUAGACCCUGGCUGACCUUGAUCUCUAUAGAGAUCUGCCUGCCUCUGCCUCCCAAGUGCUGCAAUUAAAGGUGUACACCACCAUAGCCUGGCUGGUUUGGCUUUUCUCAUUCUGGAUAUAUUUGUGCUGUGGUGAAUGGGCAUAAAGAUCUUUUGAAAAAACACUUGUUAAAUUAGUCCACCUCCUCUCUAACUUCUAACUUUGUGACUGUGACUGUGACAGUGUUCUUCAAGCUUCCUACUACCAGGGUAGCAAGUUCUUCAGAGGUGACAGCCAGCCAGGAAAGCAUUUGGUAGGCAGGGCUUUUAACUCUUCUGAGUAAGUGCUUUCAUUUCUAUGCAGGUCCACAGUGAUAUGGAGCUUCAGUCAGGUGCCUACAUUUCCUGGGCUCAGUAACAUCUUUAAUGGCUUUCUAUCCCUGAACUGUUUAAUGAUUUUUAUUCCAAUUCCAUGACAAACUGCCUUUUUGCCUUUGCUUUUAGUGGCUCAUACACACACACACACACACACACACACACACACACACACAGGCUGGGGGGAGGAAAGUAAAAAUGGAGAUAAAUGGCUAUAUGCUUAUGUGCCUUUCUGUAGAAUGAGGAGCAGUUUCACAUUUUACUUAAAACUUUUGGUUCUUGUUUUAUUUUUUAAAUAAUGUGUAUAAAUGUUUUCCCUGGGGUCAGAACAGGGUUUUGGAUAUUCUGGAAUUGGUGUUAUGAAUGGAACUACCCUGUCAGUGCUUGGAACCAAACCCAAGUCUCUGCAAGAGCAACAAGUCUCGUCUCUGCUGAAUCAUCUCUCCAGCCCUUGUGUUCUAGAAUCUGUAUGUGUGUGUUGGAGUGGGACACGUCUGUGGGUGCAUGUGCCAUAAUGGUGGUCAGAGGACAACUUUGUGGAGUCGGUUUUCUCCUCCCACUUUUCUGUGAGUCACAGGAAUCAAACUCAGAUCUUUAGGCUUGCAUUGCAAGUACUUUACCUGCUGAGCCAUUUUGGUGACCAGCUUUACAAUUAAAAAUAAAAGGGGGAGGGGUUGUCUUACUUUGUAUCGCAAGCUAGCCCCAAAUUUCCUGUGUAGCUCUGACUGGCCCCAAACCUGUCAUGAAGAACAAGCGGCCUGUGAAGUACCGAGUGCAGGCAUGUAAGUUUGUGGCUCUCCACUUGCCAGCUAUCUAUGUUGGUUCUUCCUCCUCUAAUGCUCAGGAAUCGUAUCAAUUUCCAUUAGCAUACAGUGCUCAGCUGGGUACUUGCUGGGUACUUUAUGUUGUCACCAGUUGAAAAAAGUAUGCAUUUAAGAAGAUUCAAAGGAAGUUGAAUACAUGUGCCAGCAAAUUCAGGUCAAAGAAAAGAUGAGAAGAAAGGGUGUUCCAAUCUGUAGGGGAUUCAAUGUAGAAAGUUCUAGAAGUUAGAACACUUGCACUAAACAAAUCCAUUGUACUUUGAGGUGGGAGUCUGAGAGAGAAUGUUGGAAGAUCUACUAGAUGUUGGAUCAUAAAGAAACCUACAAGUUUUCAGGGAGUGAGGGUAAUAA